UGUAGCGCGGGAGCUUCGGAGCCGGCGGCGACUCCGGCGGGCUCGGCGGGCACGCGUGGCCAUGGAGGACUACGAGCGGGAGCUGCACGGCGUCGAGGACGACUUCCACAGCCAGUUUGCGGACGAGCUCGAGGUGCUGGCGGAGCUGGAAGAGCUGCCCCAUCCCUGGUGGCUUUUGCUCCUCCAGUCCUUAAGCCCUUCCGUGGGCACCCAGUGGCGUGGCCGUGGCCGCCUGGACCUGCUGGGUGUGUCUUUCGCUUCUCUGAAGGAGCAGGUUGACAGUGAGCGGCGGCAGCGAUUGCUCGAAGAGGCCCAGCGGCUCUCAGAGACGCUGCACAGCCUCAGGACAGAGGAGAUGGAAGAGGAGACCCCUGAGGAGGUGCCGGCUAACCGCCAAGAAGACUCCCCGCACAGCCUCUGGGUGGAUGAAUUUGCGCCCCGGCACUACACGGAGCUGCUCAGUGACGAUUUCACCAACCGCUGCCUCCUCAAGUGGCUGAAGCUGUGGGACCUCGUGGUGUUCGGCCGAGAGAGGCCGGCCCGGAAGCCCAGGCCCAGUGUGGAGCCGGCCCGGGUUGGCAAGGAGGCCACAGCUUCCAGCAAGUGGAAAAGCCACGACCAGGUGUUGGAGGAGAUGCUCGAGGCUGAGCUGGACCUGAGCCGGCGGCCCCGGCAGAAAGUAGCGUUGCUAUGUGGACCCCCUGGGCUGGGCAAGACCACUCUGGCCCACGUGAUCGCAAGGCAUGCUGGGUACUGUGUGGUGGAAAUGAAUGCAAGUGACGACCGCAGUCCUGAGGCCUUCCGCACGCACAUUGAGGCGGCCACGCAGAUGGAGUCGGUGCUGGGCAUUGGUGGGAAGCCCAACUGCCUGGUUAUCGAUGAGAUCGAUGGGGCCCCCACGGCUGCCAUCAACGUGCUCCUCAGCAUCAUUGACCGCAAGGGCCCGAAGGAGGCAGAGCUGGGGGGCCGGGCCAUGUUGGCGGGUGAGGGGCGGCGGCCGCGGGCAGAGGGGGGUCUCUUGAUGAGGCCAGUCAUCUGCAUCUGUAAUGACCAGUUCGCGCCUUCUCUGCGGCAGCUGAAGCAGCAGGCUUUCCUGCUCCACUUUCCACCUAUACUACCCUCCAGACUCAUACAGCGGCUGCAGGAGAUCUCCCUACGGCAGGGCCUGCAGGUCGACCCAGGUGCCCUAGCAGCCCUCUGUGAGAAGACAGACAAUGACAUCCGAGCCUGCAUCAACACCCUGCAGUUCCUGCACGGGCGAGGCCAGCGGGAGCUGAGUGUUCAGGCUGUGCAGACCACGCGAGUCGGCCUCAAGGACCAGCGCAAGGGGCUCUUCUCCGUGUGGCAGGAGGUCUUCCAGCUGCCCCGGGCCCAGAGGCGACGUGUGGGCCAGGACCCCACUCUGCCCACCCACACGCUCCUGCUGGGCGAUGGGCUCACGGGGCUGGGGCACCGGGCUGCCGAGGCACCCCUGACCAUGGCUGCACAGCGGUUCUACCAUAUCCUGCAUGUGGCUGCCUCCUCGGGCGAGCAUGAGAAGGUCGUCCAGGGCCUGUUUGACAACUUCCUGCGGCUGCGGCUGCGGGACUCCAGCCUGGGCACCGUGUGUACGGCCCUGGACUGGCUAGCCUUUGAGGACAUGCUGGGCCAGGCCGCCCACCACAGCCAGAGCUUCCAGUUGCUGCGCUACCAGCCCUUCCUGCUUGUGGCCUUCCACUUGCUGUUCGCCUCCAGCCAUGUGCCAAGGAUCGCCUUCCCGAGUAGCCAGCAGGAGGCCCAGAACCGGACAAGUCAGGUGCAGAACCUGAUCCAGACACUGGUGUCAGGUAUUGCUCCGGCCACUCGCAACCAAACAGCGCCCCAGGCCCUCGUCCUGGACACCCUCUGCCUGCUCCUGGACAUCCUCGUGCCUAAGCUUCGCCCUGUGAGCACGCAGCUGUACAGCACGCGUGAGAAGCUCCAGUUGAGCAGCCUUGUGGGCACCAUGCUUGCCUACAGCCUAACCUACCGCCAGGAGCGCACGCCUGACGGGCAGUAUGUCUACAGGCUGGAGCCGAACUUGGAGGAGGUCUGCCGCUCCCCUCAACUGCCUGCCCUAAAGGAACUGACGAGAGCCGGAGGAGCUUAGUACUCGCGAGAUGAAAUGGAGGGGAUGCGGCGGGCAGAGGCCUUGGCCCGAGAUGGGGACAGCCCCCAGGUGGAUGGCAGUCCCCCCAAGGCCAAGGGCCCACAGGGGGCUGCUGGGGGGAAAGGGGCACAGCCACCCACCCCACGCGGCCACGAGCAGCGGCUGGAGCGCAUCCUGAAGAGAGCAGCCCUGGAGGACCAGACCGAGAGGGAUUUCUUCGGCCGUGUGGUCAUCAGGAGAGCAGCAGCCCUGAGUGCAGAGAACACAGCCCCUGAGACUGACGCGGUCGAGCAGCGCAUGGGCACUGCGGUGGGCAGGAGCGACGUCUGGUUCCGCUUCAAGGAGGGCGUCUCCAACGCUGUGCGACGCAACCUGCACAUCAGGGACCUGCUGUAGCUGGGUCACACCAGACACCCCACUCCAUGGAUACCCCAGGUCCGUGCUGGAUGCUCUGAUUUACACCGGAUGCCCCAGUGUUCAUGACUGACACCCAGAUCGACACCAGGCACCCAAGGUCAUGCUGGAUGUCCCCAGAUCCACACUGGACCCCUUGGUGUUGCUUUCUCUGUUAUUUUUUAUUUGGAUUUUGAGAGGACAUUAUUAAAGCUGGGGACAGUGACACAG